AUGCACCCAACUGGCCUGCCUCACGACGGCGUCCUGGUUCAAAUCGCGACCUACAAUACCAACCUCCAAGGAAGUCUAGGCCUUCCUCAGGACCUCGUCGACUGGCUCUCCCCUACCCUGCAAGUCUCUACUUUUCUCUCUCGCUCGCUCCGUGCACCGGACAUCAUCGCAGUUGGUUUCCAGGAACUUCUGCCGCUGCAUCUUGGGCUCUCCGGCUUCUCCAAGUCCGUUAUCGACCACCGCAAUGCCCACAUUCUCGCCCAGCUCGAAGCACACGCACCCAAUAAGGAACGAUAUGCGCUCAUCGCAAAGGUCGUCAACGUCGGCGUAGCCUUGCUCGUCUACGGCAAGGACGAAGGUAUCGCAAAGACGGUGUGCGACGUGCAGACCAGCUGGACGGGUUGCGGUCCACUGUACAUGGGCAACAAGGGUGCAGUCGGCGUCCGUUUCCGCGCCCCAGGAGAAAAUGGAAGCGUUGGCGAGGUGUACACGUUCGUAUGUGCCCAUCUCACGGCACAUACAGAAAGGCUGGCGCAGCGCGUCGACGACUACAACCAUAUCGUCAGCACCCUUCUCUUUCCCUCGCCGUCGUCGCCUUCAACGACCAUCUACUCCACCUCUCACUUGUUCAUUUUCGGGGACCUCAACUUUCGUCUUUCAAUACCACCUUGUCAUCCCCUGCACGCAUUUCAUACAGAACCAGAUGUCGCAGCCGUCUUGGCCGCGCCGGAAACGCGAGAAACCCUGAAAGAAUUCGACCAGCUUUUGACCGAGCGACGGAAAGGAACGACCCUUGUUGGUCUUCGAGAGGGGGAGUUUUGGAAGUUCAAGUGCAGCUACAAGUAUGACCUCGGCGAGGUAGACAAGUACAGUGAGAAACGGGUACCUUCAUGGACAGAUAGAAUUCUAUAUACCACGUAUACGGAUUCGCCAGAAACCCCCAAUAAUUCCUACAUUACAAACUUACUGUACACUUCUGUCCCUGGAUACACAACCUCUGAUCAUAAACCCGUCGUAUCGCUGCUGUUCAUCCCUCCCCGUGCACCAGUGACGUCGCCUACGCCACCCACUCUUCGUCUCCGAAGCUACUACUCCCCGACCCCAGACCCUUUGGCGACAUACAAACGCUAUACAGGCCGUGUUUUCGACAGGGUUAUCGGCAUCAUCUGGUGGAUCUUCACUCUAUUCGGUGCUGGCUCCGCGAUUGUGGGCAUUUUCAACUUUUUCUUUGGUAUCGGGGCGUGGAGUUGGUGGCGGUCGACGCCUUCGAAUUCUUCUGUGUGA